AUCACUGGUCACCCAACUGGAUUGCUUGGAAUGCAGCGGGAAUACUCUAAAGCAUUGGACAUACUUCUCCAGGAGGCCGAGGAGCUGUGCAUUGGCAGCGAUGUUGCUGAACUGGACCAUGUGCCCACAGCCGUGGAGUUUUGCCGCGACUACUAUGCCAAGAACCAGCCGGUGGUCAUCCGGCAGGCGCUCUCGUGGCCGGCAAUCGGCAAGUGGACGCCGGAGUACCUGAUCCAGGCUCUGCACGACAGGAUCGUGGACGUGGCCGUAACACCCAAUGGCUAUGCCGAUGGCCUGGCCACCCAGAAGGGUCAGGAGUACUUUGUACUGCCGCUAGAGACGAAAAUGAAGCUGUCGGAAGUGGUCCGCCGCAUGGAUGAUCCCACUGGCGCCGUUCACUACAUCCAGAAGCAGAACUCCAACCUCAGCGUGGACCUGCCUGAAUUGGCUGCCGAUCUACGGGUCAGUGACCUGGACUUUGCUCAGCAAUCGUUCAACAAGCCCCCGGAUGCCAUCAACUUUUGGCUGGGGGAUGAACGGGCCAUUACCUCAAUGCAUAAGGAUCCCUACGAGAACGUGUACUGCGUGAUCUCCGGCUACAAGGACUUUAUCCUCAUCCCGCCGCACCAGCUGAGCUGUGUGCCGCGCCGCAUUUAUCCCACGGGCGUGUACAGGACAUCGGAGAGCGGGCAGUUCCACAUCGAACCUAUUAGGGACGAGGAGGGCGGCGUACAGCUCACCGAAUGGGUCAGCAUCGAUCCGCUGGCUCCUGACUUUGCCAAAUAUCCGGAGUACGCGAGAGCCAAACCGCUAAAGGUGCGCGUCCACGCUGGAGACAUCCUGUACCUGCCCAACUACUGGUUCCAUCACGUGAGCCAGAGCCACAAGUGCAUCGCUGUGAACUUCUGGUAUGAUCUGGACUACGACAGUCGCUAUUGCUACUACCGCAUGCUGGAGCAGAUGACAUCCCGAGGGACCAACUAGGCGCAUCCAAGGAUACGUUACCUCAGGGAUCUAAAAGCAAAUCCAUAUCGUUCGUCUUCGGUGUGUAAAUAUAUAUUUAUAAUUGUUACAUAAUUUAAAGUUAAUAAUAUAAACUAAAAUCCAAUGGAAACAUAGGACAAAAGACAA